GGCCACAUCAACAAUCUCCCGCUGCUAAAGCACAAGAGUUCUUUGAAUCAAAACACCAAAAAAUCGGAAGCCCAAAAAUAGCUACACACUUCCGUAACGACUCGCAUUUCCACAGAAACUCCAAACCCAACUUGACGACCUACGCUAUUACGGAGCUCGAGUUGUUGGCUGUUGUUGGAACGCGAACAACGCCAACGAGGACCCCCGGCCGCCAUUUUCCUUCCGAACCCAUUUGAACCACACCACAUCCCACCAUCCACAUCCAUAUCCGGACUCGACAAGAUGGCAGAACGGCAACUACAGCAGAUCUUGACGCAGCUCAAGUCGCAACAGCUCGCCUACGCGGACGCAGCCAAGCUCCUCUCGAAAGCGAAGCUCCUCCUCCUGCAGCUCGGCGCACUCACACCCAAGACGACGACGACGACACCAAGCUCAACAAGCAGCGGUAAGAACAGCAGCAGCAGCAGCAGCGCAUCACCAUCGGCCGCACAGCUCGCCCUAGCCCGGGAGACGUACGAGCAGGGAGCCCUGUACUCGAUCCGCGCCAAGAACGCCGACGGCUUCACGCGCUACGUCCAGCAGCUCUCGCCGCUGUACGAACUCCCCGCCAACGUGCUGCCGCCCAACCUGCCCGAGCGCAACAAGGUCACGGGCCUAUACCUGCUGCUCCUUCUCACCCAGGGCCGCUAUGCCGAGUUCCACUCGGAGCUCGAGGCUCUGUCCACCCGUGAGGGUGGUGGCGGCAGCGUCGACGUCGAAGGCGACCGCUACCUCGGCUACCCCAUCCGGCUUGAGAGGUGGCUGAUGGAGGGCAGCUACGACCGCGUCUGGAAGGCCAUGAAGAAGGGCGAGGUGCCCUGCGAGGAGUAUGGUGUCUUUUCAGAGAUCCUGACCAUCCAAAUACGGGCCGAGAUCGCCUCGAGCAGCGAGCGUGCUUACCCGUCUCUCCCCAUCUCCUCCACCAAAUCUCUUCUUUUCCUGGAGUCGGAGGGUGCGGUUGUUGAGUUUGCCAAGCGUCGCGGCUGGACUGUCCGCGAUGGCCAUAUUUACUUCCCUACCGCUGGUGCCGAGGAUGGUGAGCCCGAGAAGCCCGUAAGCCUUUCGUUCAUUGAGAACACCCUUGGAUACGCCCGCGAGCUGGAGACUAUCGUCUAGAGUAGAGCGUGCGGCCGUGCUUGGGAAGGCGUGAGGGGUAGGAGAGGGGUGACCGGUUCUUGCUUAGAUCGCAGACAGCAACCUCGGAUCGGAAUCUACGGACGUGAGCCUUAGCCGGACAGGCUGGUUUGGGACGUGAGGGAGAAUUCAGGUUGGGGCAGUCAGACUUUUAGAGCCUUCUGUAUUCCGAAGUGUAAUAAAGUAACAUAGACUCAAGACGUCCCUACGUUCCAC